CAUUGUUUUAAUGUUUUAAUAUUAGCUAUUAACUAACGAUGAAUUUUAGUUGUAGCGAUGAAAUUAAAUAUACCGUAAUAAAAUAUUACUGUAUUCAAAUAAAUGGCGCCAAAAGUAAAAAUUAAUCAUGUUGGCAGAUCUGAUUCACUUCCGCUACGUAUCCAGCAAGAUGGCUGUUUGUGUCGCUGUUAUUGGUAAAGAUAAUUCCCCAUUGUAUAUCGGUGGUGUGGGCAAUGACACCAACACUGAUAACGAACUUUCUAGGCAAUGGCUUGUCCACACAGCCCUUGAUGCUUUGGAAGAACGUUUAGCGACAACCAAUACCAAUACUGCGAACUCUGCUUCAAAUGCUUCUCGUACUGAUUUACGCGAUUUGUAUUUGGGAUUACUUUAUUCAACGGACACUCAUAAAAUAUACGGAUAUGUGACCAAUACAAGGAUUAAACUUGUUCUAGUAACAAGCUCUACAUCGCCAAGUGGCAGUAAUAUACGAGAUGCUGAAGUACGGACCGCUUUACGUCGAUUACACGCCCUGUAUGCUGAUGCCAUUUGCAAUCCAUUCCAUUUGCCGGGAGAACAAAUUACAUCAUCGAAAUUCGACAAACAAGUAAAGAAUUUGCUGUUAAAUAAUGUUUAGUCUUUUAUAACCUUGAACAAUAUUAGAAAACAUUGUAAUGUAGUGAAUUUAUACUUUGCUAAGAGGAUACAAUGCUUUUGUCCUUCAUAUUAAGAAAUGAUUAUGUUACUCAAUUUUUAUAAAAUGAAUAAUUGUA